UCCCUCGCUCCUUUCGUUUCCUUUCCCAGUAACAAGUAACAACACACAACACACAACACACGCUCUCUUAUUAAUCACUCCUUAAUUUCCCGAAAGAAACCCUAAUCGGAACCCCAAAUGGCUCUGACGGAGGAAACCGCCGGCGCCACCACUGUCAUCGACCAGACCUACGAAUUCUCUGCGCCGCGAUUCUUCGAUUUCGUCAAAGGCGAGUCCGACGAGGAUGCCAAUAAGGCCGAACUCUGGUUCGAUACGGCUCUCUCCUACGCUCCUUCGCCAUUCAUGCCUAAAAUCAAGACUGCAAGAUCUAUUACUGUAGAUAGCUUGUGUGAUUUUAGUGAGGAUGACAAAAUGCAGAAGAUGUUAGCUAGUGUUUAUGAUAAUGCUCAGGAAACCAAUACACAACCACAGAGCAUAACUACCAAAACAGAGGAAGGCCAAGCAGACAAAAUGCUGAAGACGUCGGCAAAUGUUGAUAAUGAAGUUCUGGAAACCAAUAUAAAACCACAGUGCGUAGCUACUGUAAAGGAAGAUGAAGCUGACAAAAUGCAGAAGGUGUCAGCAAUUGUUGAUGAUAAAGUUCUGGAAACCAAUAUAAAAUCAGUGUGUGUGGCUACUGUAAAGGACGAUGGUGCACCUUGCCCAGGUAGUGCAUGCUUAAAGGUUGCGUCAUCUGUUGAAGUAGCAAAAGAUGCUUGCACACCAAAACCAGCAUUGCAGAAAAAAGUCACCACAUCCACUAAUUCCAAGAAGGCACAGAAUAAGAAGAAGAUAGCCACGAAUACAAAACCUCAAUUAAAGUCAGAAGCCGUGAAGAGCAUUGCUGGAACUCCUCACUUGGCCCAAGAUAAUCAAGCUAUUAAGCGGCAAAAAUUGGAAGGAGGAAAAUCUAGACAGAUUCUGAAUGUCAAACAUCAAACUUUGCCCCAUAACAAGUCAAGAUUGGGGUUAACCGCGUCUUCAAGCACUAGUAAACCUCACAAAGAGGACAGAAAGGUUUAUGUUCGUGAAACACCAACAACACCAGCCUCUGUACCAUUUGUAUCAAUGGCCCAAAUGAUGAAAAGAUUUCAAUCUAGUACCAGAGACCUGUCAUUGCCCGGGGUUGUUUCUCAUACAAAACCAAAACUUACAUUGACUAGGCCUAAGGAGCCUGAAUUUGAGACAAAUCAGCGGAUUCGCCCAGCUAGGGUGAAGAGUAGUGCUGAGCUUGAGGAAGAAAUGAUGGCUAAAAUUCCAAAAUUCAAGGCUCGACCAUUGAAUAAGAAGAUUUUGCAAACUACAACUUUGCCUCCCAUUCCAAGAAGUACACCGCAGCCACCAGAAUUUAAGGAAUUUCGUCUAGAAACUUCGGCCAGGGCCCAUCAGAAUGCAGAUACAGCUUCAAUAGCUUCGACAGAGGUGUCUCGUAAGGAGAAUUCAUGGAAGCCUCAUCAUCUUACAGAACCAAAAACACCUCUACUCCAAACCUCACUAAGAGCCCGCCCACCCACGGUGAAAAGCUCAUUAGAAUUAGAGCAGGAGGAGCUUGAAAAGAUCCCUAAAUUCAAGGCAAGACCUCUAAAUAAGAAGAUCUUUGAGAGUAAAGGAGAUAUUGGAAUGUUUUGCCAUACCAAGAAACAUGUCACUGAACCUCAGGAAUUUCACUUUGCCACAAAUGAAAGGAUUCCACCACCUGCUGCCGUGGCUGAUUUGUUUGCCAAGCUUUCUUUGAAGUCUGAACCUGCCCACAAACCAAUUCCAAGAAACACGACUCCAAAUCCAUUUCAUCUCCACACAGAGGAAAGAGGUGCCGAAAAAGAGAAGAAACUGGUCAUGGAACUUCUGCAGAAGCAGUUGGAUGAGGAAAAUGCAAGGAUUCCCAAGGCUAAUCCAUACCCUUAUACCACCGAUUACCCUGUGAUCCCACCUAAACCAGAACCAAAGCAAUGCACAAGACCAGAGCCAUUCCAAUUAGAGAGCCUGGUGAGACAUGAGGAAGAAAUGCAAAAGGAACAGGAAGAAAGACGUAGAAUGGAACAAGAAGAGGCCCAGAUGAGAGAGUUUAAGGCACAACCAAUCUUGAAAGAGGAUCCAAUCCCCGUUCCAGAGAAGGUACGCAAACCUCUCACGCAAGUUCAGGAAUUCAGUUUACAUGUGAAUCAUCGAGCUGUGGAUAGAGCACAAUUUGAUGAAAGGAUUAAGGAAAAAGAAAUGAUGUACAAACGAUACAGAGAGGAGAGUGAAGCAGCACAAAUGAUUGAAGAAGAAAAGGCAUUGAAACAGUUGAGAAGGACACUGGUUCCUCAGGCUAGACCAGUUCCAAGUUUUGAUCGUCCGUUUUGUCCCCAAAAGUCUUCGAAGGACACAACGAAACCCAAGUCGCCAAAUUUACGUGUGCUCCAAAGAAGAAAGGAAAGACGAAAGGUGUUCAACGGAACCGCAGUCUCAAGUCCUGCAUCUAACAUGAGAUGAUGCAGUUCCAACUUUCUGUUAUCAGUCAGUGUUCAAGAACUCUUGAAUCCUCUCUAGGUGUUGUGUCUGUGUAAUACUACUACUCAGCUCGUGUUCGUUAUCAAAUCUCAAUUCUUUCAUGUAUAUUUUUCUGAAACAAGUUAAUGGCCUAUGUAUUAUUACUUUAAGCCAUACAGCGUGAUGUUACCAUUAAUAGUCCUAUUUUUCCAGUAGAUUAAUAAUUCUAAUUAAAUUUUGGAAUUCCUCUCAAA